AUGGAAGGUCAACAAAAAUUAAAAACUAAAAAUGGACAAAAAAAAACCAAACCGAAAAAAAAAACAUCAUCAACAAUAAUAGUACAACAAGAUAAUUAUAAUAAUAUGGAAAAUAGUGGAUAUAAUUCACAAAAUGAUAGUGAAUUCGACCCGUCAUCAUCAUCUUCAUUAUCAUCAUCCUCUUCUCAACAAAUUGUAAAUAAUAAUCAACCUUUAAUAACGAAUAUAACAACACCACCUAAUAAUAAUAAUAAUAAUAAUAAUAAUAAUAACAAUCAAAUUUUAGAAGAUAUUUAUUCAGAUGAAUAUUGUGAAAAUCAAAUGAAAUGUAUGGAAGGAUUUAUAAAGAAAUGGAAGGAUGAAUAUAUUGGAUCUAUUAAGGGUAAUGUUGAACAUCACCAAAUUGAAUUGAAUAAUUAUACAUUUCAAUUAAGUGAAUUAAAACAAGAGAGAUUAUUUUUACAACAAUAUAAAGAAUCAAAUCAAAGAACUAUCGAAUUACAAAUCAUUCAAUUACAACGUAUAAAUAAUGAAAUUGAAUCAAUUGAAAAGAAUAGACAUCAAUUACCAAUAGAUUUAGAAUCAAAGAAAUUAAAAUAUCAAGAAGAAACUCAAAGAAUUUUAACACUAUCUUCAACUAUUAAAUCAAUUGAAGAUCAAACUAUAAAACAAUUAUUAGAUUUAGAUUAUCCAUUAACUCUUUUUAAAAAUUAUUUAGGUUUAGAAUUUCAAAAAUUAUCAAAUGGUGAUGGAUUGAAAUUAAUAUUUACAAAGAUUGAUAGAAAUAAUCAUAAUAGAGAAUUUACAAUUUCAAUAACAGUUGAUAAUUUAACUGAUCAAUAUAUUCUGGUUAAUUGUAAUCCAAUGAUUUCAGAUUUAGAUCAGUCAAUAAAGAAAUUGAAUGAAACUGGUAAUUUUUCAUUCUUUGUAAAAUCAAUUAGAAAGCAAUUUGUAAAUAAAACAAUACAUAAAUAA